UCAGUACUGUUUCAACACUGCGAAGAGACCUUUAAAUGUAGCUAUUUUGUAGGCAACCUGUCGACAUAUGGAGUGCGUCAUGGGCAGCGCGCGAGACGAUGCGCGCACGGGCAUAAGUGGAGACAUCAGUGCGCAGUGCCGGUGAGGAGGAUGCUGAAAUCGACCUGUCAUAAAAAUCUAAGUGCCAGGGAUACUGUAAGGUUUCACAGCUUUCUUUUCGUACAGAAUGAAAAGGAAAUGAUUUGUUAAACCCAUCAGCAGCCUCCAGCUCUGCGUUUUCGCCAUGGUGGAGUUGGACCCUGUUGUUUGGAACUUUACGCUCAAAUUGGACAAUGGAUCAAACACUAAUGAGAACGUAUCUGGAUAUUCAAGUGAUGAUUAUUAUAAUAUUGUUCACCUCACGGAAACCAAAAUCCUUCCCGCGUUUGUUGGAUUUCUGUGUUCCACUGGGCUUGUUGGAAAUGUUCUCGUCCUGGUCACUAUUUUAAGGUCAGCCAAAAAGACAGUACCAGAUGUGUAUGUGGGUAACUUGGCUGUAGCCGACCUGGUUCACGUGACCGUCAUGCCCUUUCUGAUUCAUCAGUGGGCACGUGGAGGACACUGGGUCUUUGGCAGCACCCUCUGCAAAAUCAUCACCUCUCUGGAUAACUGCAACCAGGUGGCAUGUGCUGCAGUCAUGACUGCUAUGAGCCUGGACAGAUACCUGGCCCUUGUUCAUCCAUUUCGCCUGUUGAGCCUCAGAACCAGAUCGAGGACAAUUCGUAUUAACCUCUUCGUAUGGGCGGCCUCCCUCGUAAUGGUCCUACCAGCCUGGAUCCACUCCAAAGUUAUCCGCUUUAGGGAUGGACUGGAAAGCUGCUCACUGAACCUGGUCUCUCCUAAAGAGGUGCUCUGGUACACAAUCUACCAAACCGUGACCUCUUUCUUUCUGCCAUUACCUCUAAUUUUCACCUGCUAUAUACUGAUUCUGUGUUACACCUGGAAGAUGUAUCGCAAGAAUAAAAAGGCUCACAGGUAUAGCACCAGCCUGCCUCGAGAACGUAUCGUCCGCCUCACUAAAAUGGUUCUGGUUCUUGUGGCUGUUUUCCUGGUCAGUGUCGGGCCCUACCAUGUGCUUCAGCUUGUUAACCUGAGUGUACCUCGUCCAUCAUUAGCAUACCACACCUGCUACUACCUAUCGGUGUGCCUGAGCUACGCAGCCAGCAGUAUAAAUCCCUUCAUCUAUAUUCUGUUUAGCGGACAUUUUCGCCACAGACUGGUUUGUCGGGACACACCCAGCAUGCCGAGUGUGGAACGGGAGAUUCAGCCACGUUCCAGUUUUUAAUCCCACAAUUACACACAGUCAAGACUCAAAAAAAGUAACAGGUGCACAAAUGUUUUCUCCGGGCUGUUGCAAAAAAAAAAAAAAACGGGUAAAACAGGAUGUUUAAAGUGUGCAUGUUUAAUAUGCAUGGUUACUCUUUUUUCAGCAAACCUAUGUUAUUAUAUUGCUUGGUUUAUUGUGCAUUGUGAUGUUGUUGCUCCCUCUACUGUUUCUUUUGAGUAAUUGUUUUCACAGCAGCAUCCCUGCAUGUCAAGUUUGUUUUAAAUGCUAUAAGGGGGAUUUCAUAGUGCAUUAUUUUAUAGUGUGCACAAAGAAAACAAACAUUUAAAAACAUAAUAAUAUUAAUAAUGUUUAAGGACAAAUAAAUUAUUUACGCCAUUGCUUACAAUCUACAAUCAAUGGCACAGUAUUUUUAUAUUUUUAUUUAUAAGUUGAUGUUAAAUGUUUUGCAGUUUUCUCUAUUGUUCCACGCUUUUGUUCCAGUUUUUAAAAGAAAAAACUGUUUAAGAAUCCACUAUGUAAGAUAACUGCAAAUGUACACUGCUGUAUGUUUUGGGGCUGUGAGGCACAAGGGUUCAUUGAUAAGGGAAUUUACAUGCUACAGACUGCACAAUCAUUUUUACAAAAAAGAGAAAUUAAUGUGCAGAAAUCUUUAAUAACAGUUUGGGAUUGUCUGAUGUGUGCUGGACCUACAGUAAUAAUAAAGCUGAUGGCAUCUGAUCAGCAUAAAGUGUAGGUUCAUUGACCAGACGGGCAGAGAUCGAGGGGGUCUGCUGCCAGCUCAGCUCAAAAAAAUUGGGAUCAAUAUUUAGACCAGACCAGAGACAGACAGGGUUCGCGUCUGACCUGAAGCAUGCCUGUCAGCAAUGGCUGGAAACUCAACCCCCAUGCUUGCCAAAAGGAAAAGACCAAUUCAUGUGUACAAAAAUACAUGUCAAUAACAGUGUUUCAGUGUCAACAUAGCCUGUCGUCACCAUGCAUUUCAACAGUAUUCGAUAAAAUAUUUCACAAACUGUUAUUGUAAGUGAUUUCAGUGAAGCAAUACAUUGCCAUUGACCGAGUUCUGUUUUAUUUGUUGACAUGUUAAUAUAAUGUUAUCUUAUAAUAUAGAUAAAACGAUUAAAAAAUUGUCUUUGUUUAUAUUAGAGGCUUUAAGCCCAAGACCCCCACUAUGUUCCAUUUAAACUUUUGUUAAAAAGGGUAUGAGAAAUUUUUUUAUUUUUUCUAAUUACCAGUUUUCUUAAAUGCUAAAUAUUAUUCUGGACUAUGCAAGUGGUGACUGUCUGCUGUGGGCAGUGUGACAUUGUUUGACCUUGUUACUUCCACCUCAACAGUUUAGAAACCUAACAACAACACAAGUUAUGGCACUUGACUUAUUCUACUGCUCUUAACACCAACACAAAAGUUAACUACAUUGUAAACAUCAUGAGCUAAAUGUAGAAAUGUAUUUCCUCUUAAUAUGUUAUCAUGUUUCAUUUUACUUGAAAUCCAUGUGUAUGUAUUUUGUAGUUGCUGUAAUAGAUUAAUUUAAAUAUCUUAUUUUUUCCAUUAGUAAUAAUGUACAGGUGAGAACUGAAUGCAUUUUUCCUAUUCAUUUCACUGUAAAAUAAAAUUCCACUUUCA